AUGGGGCUCUUCACUGUGACGAAGAAGGCCACCACGCCCUUCGAAGGCCAGAAGCCCGGCACUUCCGGCCUCCGCAAGAAGGUUACUGUAUUCCAGCAGCCUCAUUAUCUGCAGAACUUUGUCCAAUCAACAUUCAAUGCCCUUCCUGCGGACCAAGUUAAAGGUGCAACCAUUGUUGUCUCUGGUGAUGGCCGCUAUUUCUCAAAAGAUGCUGUUCAGAUCAUAACAAAAAUGGCUGCUGCCAAUGAAGUAAGACGUGUUUGGGUUGGACUAAACAGUCUCAUGUCUACUCCUGCUGUAUCUGCUGUCAUCCGUGAAAGAAUUGGUGCAGAUGGAUCAAAGGCUACUGGUGCCUUCAUCUUGACAGCGAGCCAUAACCCAGGUGGUCCUACGGAGGACUUCGGUAUCAAAUACAAUAUGGGAAAUGGUGGACCUGCCCCUGAAUCCGUUACCGACAAGAUUUUCUCUAAUACAACGACAAUCUCUGAAUACCUCAUCUCUGAGGACCUUCCAGAUGUUGAUAUUUCUGUUGUCGGUGUCACCAGCUUCAGUGGACCCGAAGGCCCCUUUGAUGUGGAUGUCUUUGACUCUAGUGUAGAUUACAUAAAGUUAAUGAAGACAAUUUUUGACUUUGAAGCAAUAAAAAAGCUGCUGACUUCCCCAAAGUUUACAUUCUGUUAUGAUGCGCUCCAUGGUGUUGCUGGAGCUUAUGCCAAACACAUCUUUGUGGAAGAGCUUGGUGCUGAUGAAGGCUCGCUGUUGAAUUGUGUCCCGAAAGAGGACUUUGGAGGUGGUCAUCCGGAUCCUAACCUCACCUAUGCAAAAGAGUUGGUUGAACGGAUGGGUCUUGGAAAGUCAUCCUCAAAUGUUGAGCCCCCUGAAUUUGGCGCUGCAGCUGAUGGAGAUGCUGAUCGCAACAUGAUUCUGGGUAAAAGAUUCUUUGUGACACCAUCGGACUCUGUUGCCAUUAUCGCGGCCAAUGCUGUACAAUCAAUUCCUUACUUUGCUUCUGGCCUGAAGGGAGUUGCCAGGAGCAUGCCAACAUCUGCUGCCCUUGAUGUUGUUGCAAAGAAUUUGAAUCUCAAGUUCUUUGAGGUGCCUACUGGGUGGAAGUUUUUUGGGAAUUUGAUGGAUGCUGGAAUGUGCUCAAUCUGUGGUGAAGAAAGCUUUGGCACUGGGUCUGACCACAUUCGUGAGAAGGAUGGCAUCUGGGCUGUGCUUGCAUGGCUUUCUAUUAUUGCUUUCAAGAAUAAGGACAACCUUGGAGGAGAUAAGCUUGUCACUGUUGAAGAUAUUGUCCGUCAGCACUGGGCCACAUAUGGUCGCCAUUAUUACACACGCUAUGACUAUGAGAAUGUUGAUGCGGGGGCUGCUAAGGAGCUUAUGGCAAACCUAGUAAGCAUGCAGUCAUCACUUUCUGAUGUUAACAAGUUGAUCAAGGAGAUCCGGUCUGAUGUUUCUGAAGUAGUUGCAGCUGACGAGUUUGAGUACAAGGAUCCUGUUGAUGGCUCUGUGUCCAAGCACCAGGGCAUCCGAUACCUCUUCGGAGAUGGUUCACGACUGGUGUUCCGCCUCUCUGGAACUGGUUCUGUUGGUGCCACCAUCCGUGUCUACAUUGAGCAGUACGAGAAGGAUUCCUCCAAGACCGGCAGGGAUUCACAGGAUGCCCUUGCUCCGCUGGUUGAUGUUGCGCUCAAGCUCUCCAAGAUGCAAGAGUACACUGGCCGCUCUGCCCCGACCGUUAUCACAUAA